AUGGCCUCGACGCACUCCCCUAAAGCCUUCCACAUAUUUGGCAGUGGCAUUUCAUUCAGCAUUUCACCUACCAUUCACAACUCGGGCUUCCAACAUUAUGGCCUACCCUUCACAUACGAUAUCCGCGAAUCACCUAGCAUCGACGACGUGGCAAACUUGAUUUCCGAUAAGAAACUAGGUGGUGCAAGUGUGACUAUGCCACACAAAUUGCACGUUCACAAAUACUGUACCGACCAGACAGACACAGCCAAAUUGAUCGGAGCAAUCAACACACUGGUUAUCAAGAACACUAGCGACGGUCGCACGGUAAUUGGUGAUAACACCGACUGGUCGGGACUACACACCAUCAUCAAGGAUUAUUCCAAAGUGGCAACCCAGCAGCCGACUGUAGGACUGGUUAUCGGUGCCGGGGGUGCUUCCAGAGCUGCUUUAUAUGCUAUGCACCGAGCAGGUAUUCAGCAUAUCUACCUCGUCAACCGCACACAGUCCGUGGCUGAAAAGGUUAAGAAGGAUUUCAAGCCUGCCUUUGAAAUUACUAUACUCCCGAACCUACAAGAGUUGCCUCGCAUGCCGCAUGUGAUUAUCGGAACUGUGCCUGCAACAGUCACGACUGAGGAUCAGUUCUCUGGCAUAUUUGGCUCUUCGGGCCUUUGUAUCGAGAUGGCAUAUAAGCCUAGGCAGACGCCGCUCCUAACAGUUGCCCAGAGACAUCCAGGGUGGCAAACUGUUACAGGAUUAGAGGUCCUUCUGGCCCAAGGAUAUGACCAGUUUGGUCUCUGGACUGGUCUUGAGCCACCCAGGGAGAAGAUGGUUGAAGCUGUUGCUGAGCACGAGCGAGAGAAAGCGAGAAAGGAGAUGGCAGGAUUGUUGUAA